AUGGAGACCACAUGUCAAAGUGACCUUCCUCUUCCGCCCGAGAUCGUCACCUUGAUAUGUUCGACUCUGCCGAAACCCGACCUGCUUCGCUCGAGAUUGGUUACUCAUAGAUUGCAUGAUGCAGCGACUCCAUUCGCUUUCAGGGAGUUUUACCUUCGAGCUUAUGGAACCGCGGCUGCGAGUUUCACCUCUAUUGCAGCAUCAGCUCGUCUGCGGAACUACGCUAAGGAAAUAACCAUUGACACCAACAUCGGCCAAGACUAUGAAUACGCGUCCAGCGAGUCCUAUGAAUUCCCCAGUGGCUUCUUCAACGCCCUUCCCUCCCUGCGCUACUUCUCCAAGCUCACUAAGCUACACUUGAGAUUCAGUGAAUAUUGCGGGGAUAACAGAAAAAAGUUGAAUGGGCAUGGAUCGAGGAAGACUGGGAGUUUCAGUAUAGAAUCCUUGAUAUUGUUUCUCACUGCAUCGUGGGAUUGUGGACACGGGCAAAGCAAGUUGAAAUAG